AACAAUGGGUUGUAGGAGUUGUGAGAAGCCAAAGGUUCAUUAUAGGAAAGGUUUAUGGUCUCCUGAAGAAGAUCAGAGACUUAGAGAUUUCAUUCUUAGCCAUGGCCAUGGUUGUUGGAGCUCUGUUCCUGCCAAAGCUGGAUUGCAGAGGAAUGGAAAGAGUUGUAGGUUGAGGUGGAUUAAUUACUUGAGACCGGGUUUAAAGCGAGGCAUGUUUUCGGCUCAAGAGGAAGAGAUUGUAAUGAAUCUUCAUGCUAUGUUGGGUAACAAGUGGUCACAAAUUGCAAUGCAUCUCCCGGGACGAACCGAUAAUGAGAUCAAGAACUACUGGAACUCAUAUCUAAAGAAGCGAGUGGCGAAAACAGAACCAUCAAAGGCGAAUAAUUCUGCAUCUCGAUCUCAAGACUCGAUGAGCCAAAGCUCGAAAACACGACAACUAUCUACUGAAUUCAAUAGUAAACACAUUGAGGUUGUAGAAUUAUCUUCAGUGGAUUCAGGCCAAUCAUUGAUUCAUAGCAAUGCACCAAAUCCAUUGGCAAAGGUUUUGUUUGCAGAUUGGCUUUCAGUUGAUCAUGUUAAUGGUCAAAGCUCAGCAAACUUAAUUAAUGGUCCAUUGAGUUGCAAUUGGGAUUUCAAUUCUAAUACAGAGGAAUCCAUGAAGCCAGAACUUCAAUCAAAUGCUGAGUUUCUUCAUGGAUUCGGUGAGAGUAACAUCUUGGGGGAUUUUCAAUCACAGUUUGAAGUUUCAGGACAGAGUUCAGCAAAUGGUCUAUUUGAUAUUUUAUCUUUUGGUGAUCAUGAUGUCAUUUAUUAA